UGCGGAACGCUUUGGAACGAUCGGCGUAGCUCAUAGUUGCCUUGUGUGUCUGUUUGAUUUCUAUUUUGAUUUCAUCCCAAGUGUGUCUUAACUCGCACAAAACACACUACAGAGAUGUCCGACGACGCAGUUGCUGCUCCGGGAAAGAGGGGGCGCAAAUCCAAUGCGGAGAAAGCUGCGGCAGAAAAAAACGAAAAGGCCGCAGAGUCCAAGAAACGUACCAAGAAAGAUACAAAGGAUGCAAAAGAAGCAGAGGAAGACGAAGCGUCUCCAGUGAAGAGGGGUAGGGGCAGGCCCAAGGGCACCACGAAAAAGAAGAGCCCCGUCAAACCAAAAGCCAAAUCAGGCCGGGGCCGCGGCAGACCAAAGAAGAAAGAGGAGGAGUCCAAGGACUCCGGCGAGGAGGACGGAGAGGAUAACGACGCCGGCGAGGAAGAGGACGACGACUAGACCUCUCGUCAAGCAAGAAGAUCGCGGACCGUGAGCCUGGAGGAACCCUCCCCGUUUCGUUCUUUCCUUUCCCCCCCCCCACCUCAAGGCCGAUGCCACAUCCAUCGCCAGGUCUCGUAAAAUCAUUCCACUCGCGUGCCAUCUCACGUUUAAGUGUGUCCUCCUCCGUUCCCGCCGGGCUGACGGCCUCAGUACAAUACAAUAAGGAAUACUUCUUAGUUUUUAAGCCCCCCCACAUGUUUAUUUACCAUUAGCAUUGUUUCAUGUUCUGUCCGGUCGGAGUCUCUGUGUCGCAGUAAAACUGCGGGAAAUCUUUUAGUUUGCGUCGAAACAAAAUUAUAUUCGUAAGUUAAUAUACAGUAAUUUUAAGAUAAA